AUGUCUCUCCUUGGCGACAACUCUAAAGACAGCGGCGGCGCAACAGGUACCGCCAAGACCGCUACCAGCUCCUUGGGCAACGUUGUGGGCGGCCUGGGCCGAACAGUCGGCAAUGUCACUGGAGCCGCCGGUCGUGGAGUUGGUGAUACAGUCACCGGCGCCACUGGAUCUGCCGGCCAACCCGUCGGUGAUGCCCUGGGCUCAGUGGGGACCGGCGUCGAGAAGGGAGCCGAUGAUGUCAGCAAGGGCGUUGAGGACGCUGGCCAGUGGAAGAAAUAA